AUGGAAACUCUAAAACAACCGCCGCCAUUAUCCCUACAAGGAGAUCCAUCGGAAAAUUAUAAAAAAUGGCUACAAAGAUUUAAACUCUAUUAUACUGCCACGGGGGCAAAACAACGAUUAGAUGAAGAAAGCAAGAUUGCUUUAUUUCUUCAUUGCAUUGGUGAAGAAUGUAUAGAAAUUUACAAUAAUUUUGACAAUGAAAAAAUUAAGACCUAUGAAGAGCUCGUUGAGCAGUUCUCAAAAUAUUUCUUGCCACUAAGCAAUGAAAGUAUCAACAGAAAUGUCUUCUUUAGACGUAAAAUACAAGAAGGGGAGACUUUGGACGAGUAUGUCAACACAUUGAGGACCCUAAGUGCAGACUGUAAUUUUGGAACACUUAGGGACAGUUUAAUAAAAGAUCAGAUAAUUAGAGGAAUUAAAAAGAAAAAUGUUGUGGAACGUCUACUCAAAGAAUCUGACCUGGAUUUGCCAAAAUGCAUAAAAAUUUGCAAAACAUAUGAUUAUACAGAAAAACAAAUUAAGGACUUUGAUGUUGAAGAACAAGCAGUAAGUGUAGUAAAGAAGGACAAAGGCUAUAGUUAUAGAUCUAAAGAAAAUACUGAUCAAAGAAAACAACCAGAGAGAAGAAAUUAUGGAUCAAGAAAUAUGAGAGAUCAAUCUGAGGAAGCAGGUACAAGUGGAUAUCAGCGGUCACAGUCUACUACCAGACCUCCAUGUCACAGAUGCGGCUUUGUACAUGGUUUCAAGUGUCCAGCGUUUAAUCAGGUUUGCAAAAAGUGUAACAAAUUCGGGCAUUACGGAAAAAUGUGUAGAAAUGUCAAGAAUGUGAAUGUAGUAGAUCUGUCAUCGGAUGAAAGUGAUAUUGUGUUAGGUAUGGUGCAAAUUAAUUCGAUUCAAAGGAAAGAAGACUAUGAGGCCAUUCAAAUACAUGGUCACAUUAUAGACUUUAAAUUGGAUACUGGUGCGGACUGCAACGUGCUUCCAUUAAGGUAUGUUAAGAAACUCGGAUUAGAAAAUAAAGUGAAAAAAAAUGCAAAUAACUUGUAUAAUUAUGAAGGAACAGAGCUGAACUGCGUCGGUAAAAUUAAAUUAACUGGAAAUUUUAUAAAUAAUAGACAAGUACAAUUGAAAUUCUAUGUUAUCGACUCAGUUCGCCCGAUUCUACCAGUGUUAGGUCGUAAAUCAAUAUUCAAGGAAGAACUAAUGGAAAGAAAAUAUCUAAAUUGUAUAAAAAAUGACUGUAAUAAUCUCACAGAAAAUUAUAAAGAACUGUUUGAUGACAAAAUUAUAGGCACUUUAAGUGGUUCAGACUAUAAAAUCAAGUUAAAAGAAAAUGCUCAGGGCAAAGUGGAAUCUUGUAGGAAAGUACCAAUAUCAUUACACGAGAGCUUGAAAAGGGAAUUAGAUAAAAUGGAAAAACUUCAAGUUAUUUCAAAAAUAACAGAGCCGACUGAGUUUGUUAGCAAUAUAGUUAUUGUAAAAAAACCGAAUGGGAAAAUUAGAGUUUGUUUAGAUCCAGGAAAUUUAAAUAACUGUAUUAUGAGGGAACAUUUCAAAUUACCUACCUUUGAAGAAGUGUCUAGUAGAAUGGCAGGUGCUAAAGUAUUUAGUAAACUGGAUGCAUCUACAGCAUUCUUUCAAAUUAAACUUCAUGAGGAUAGUGCUAAACUGUGCACGUUCUCUACACCUUUUGGUAGAUAUUAUUUUAAACGUCUACCAUAUGGGCUUUGUUCUGCACCAGAAGUUUUUCAUCGUAGAUAUAAAGAAAUUUUUCAAAAUAUAAAUGGAUGUGAAGUGUUUGUUGACGACCUAGUAGUAUAUGGUAAAGAUCAAGCAGAACAUGAUGAACGUUUAUUAAAAGUAUUACAAAUGGCAAAAGAAAAUGGGGUAAAGUUUAAUUCAACUAAGUGUGUAUUUGGAAAGUCAGAAAUAGAAUAUCUAGGACACCUACUGACUAAAGAUGGUAUAAAGCCUGAUCCUACAAAAAUAGACUCUAUAAUUAAAAUGGAAAAGCCACAAAAUGUAAAAGAAUUGCAGCGCUUGUUAGGAAUGAUCACAUAUGUGGCCAAGUUUAUACCAUCUUUAUCACAAGUUUGUAGUCCUCUAAGAAAUUUAAUAAAAAAAGAUGUAGAAUGGUUGUGGUCAAAAGAACAUGAUGAUUCCUUUUGUGAACUUAAAAAAAUAUUAGUUUCAGACCCUGUGCUGCAAUAUUAUGAUGUCAGUAGACCAGUGAAAUUGUCAGUAGAUGCUUCAAAAGACGCUCUUGGAGCGGUAUUAUUACAAAAUGACUUACCGGUAGCUUAUGCCUCCAAAUCCAUGACCAGCACUCAAAAAUUAUAUGCUCAAAUUGAAAAAGAACUCUUAGCCAUUUUAUUUGGAUGUUCUCGCUAUCAUCAAUAUAUUUAUGGUAAACAAAUUGAAGUUGAGACUGACCACAGACCCUUAGAGUCAAUUUUUAAGAAACCCAUAUGUGAUAUACCAUUAAGAUUACAGCGCAUGCGUUUACACUUGCAGAAAUAUGACAUAAUUGUGAAAUACAAACCUGGAAAAGACCUUUUGAUAGCUGAUGCAUUAUCUAGACAUAAUUUAAAAACAAAUGAUAAUCUUCUAGAACAGGAAAUUGAGGCUCAAGUUAGGAUGGUUGUGAGUUCUUUACCAGUAACAGAUAGGAAAUUACAAAUUUUUAAGGAUGAGACAAAUAAAGACACAGAUUUACAACAAAUAAAAUAUUACAUUUUGAAUGGAUGGCCAAGUAUUAAAGAUAUUCCUAAUAGUUUGAGACCAUACUUUACAUUUAGUGGAGAACUGUAUGUGUGUGAUGAACUGAUUUUCAAGAAUAACUGUAUUAUUGUUCCACAAACCUUAAGAUCAGACAUGUUAGAGCGUAUUCAUUACAAUCACAUGGGAUUAGAUAAGUGUAAGGCUAGGGCUAGAUCAUGCAUGUUUUGGCCGUUCAUGUCAAGAGACAUUGAAAAUAAAGUUUUGAAUUGUAGUACAUGUGAUAGGUUUAAGAAAAAUAAUAUAAAAGAACCUAUGCAAAUUAGGGAAAUGCCAAAUAAGCCAUGGUGGCACUUGGGUACAGAUGUAUUUCACUAUAAAGGAAAAAACUUUAUAAUUGUAGUGGAUUACUAUAGCAAAUACUUUGAAGUGUCAGAAUUGAAAGAUUUACGACCAGAAACUACAAUAGAUGCAUUGAAAGCUAUCUUUAGUAGAUUUGGGAUCCCUGAAUAUUUGUAUAGUGAUGGGGCGACUAACUAUACUAGUAUCAAAUUUAAAGAAUUUGUUACUAGUUGGGGUUUUGUACACAAAACAAGCAGUCCUACCUAUGCCCAGUCUAAUGGAUUAGCGGAGAGAUAUAUUCAAAUAACUAAGAAUCUUUUUAAAAAAGCUGAUUAUGAACAAAAAGAUAGAUACUUAAGCCUGUUAGAAUAUAGGAACACACCAAUUUCAAAGGAAUUUAAUUAUAAUACGCCUUCAGAAUUGUUAAUGGGCAGGAAAAUUAAGGGUUUGUUGCCUAGUAUUCAGAAACCUAGUAAAGAAAAUUGUAAUGUGCAAAAAAUAUUGUAUGACAAUGCAUGGAAACAAAAACAGUACUAUGAUAGAGGAUCAAAAAACUUGGCAAAGCUAGAUGAGGGUCAAAAAGUUGUAUUACUUAAUAAUAAUAAACCUAACAGCUAUGCUGAAGUAGUGAGAAAAGAUAGCAGACCCAACUCUUUUCAAAUUAAAACAGAAACUGGACAGAACUUGUUUAGGAAUAGAAGGUACUUAAUAAAUUGUAAAAAUCAGAGAGAAAUGAAAACUGUAAGAGAUAGCCCAAUAUUGUAUAGCGAUGAGGAGGAACCGUUGACAGUAUUUGAAGGGUAUAGAAGAAAUAGUAUUGCUGAUAUGACAGAUGAUAGCUAUGUUUCAGAACAAAGUAAGAAUAUUGUUGAUGUUCAGAACUACACAGAACAAAAUGAGAAUGGUCAAAGUAUUGCUAAUGAAAAUAACAAUUCUGCUAUAAGAACUAGAGCAGGCCGACUGAUUAAGAAACCUAGCUAUCUCUGUGAUUAUCAAACUGAUUGA